CCUUCCUUCUACUUUGUGUUCUGGAAUUCAGAUAAUUCCCUGUCUUUGAGACUCCUAAAGCUGUUAUUAUUGAAACACUAUAUGAACUUCAGGCCAGGGACCAGGUUUAUGCAGAAUAUCUUUCUUCAUUCAUGGAAUAGUACUGAUGAGCUAGUAGAAUUAGUAUCCCUUACCAUAUAUUAAUAUUUGUCUUUAGACUUCCUUGGAUAUCUCAGCUAUCACAAAACAAUACAUCUUCUCUAGUUAAGCUGUCAUCUUGUUGCUGAUGAAGCCUCUCAAUAAAUUUCUAAUCACACAAAAUGAAAAUAUUUAAAAUGUUGGUUUAUCAUGCUAAAUCUCAUGUUGAUUGCAUACACAGGAAGAAUGAGCUGGGCAGGAGGAGACUGGAUGUGUGGCGCAUGCCAGCACUUGAAUUUUAAAAAGAGAGAAGCAUGCCAACGAUGCGAAUACCCUAAGUAUGGUGGCCCUGAUCCCUCAACAUAUGGAUGCAACAGAACAGAAGUCUUGGCAGGGGACUGGUUUUGCAACUGUGGAGCUCACAACUAUGCACAGAGACCAAAUUGCUUCAGAUGUGGUGCAUUGAAAAAUGACUACUGUGGUGGGUACAACAUGAUGGCUCCAGAUGGCAGUGCACCACCAGGAUGGAAAGCUGGUGACUGGAUUUGCACUAGAGUCGGAUGUGGAAUGCACAAUUAUGCUAACCGGCAAGAAUGUUACAAAUGCAAAACUCCAAAGGACUACGGUCUGUAAUACAGAAUUCAGAUGCUGACGUUUAAGGAAAUGAGGCGUAGAAGACUCUUACACUCAGAUCCUUCUCAAAAUCUGUCUAUUAAUUUCCCCCCACUUUCCUUUAAGAAAUAAAUAAACUUAGGUGGUCAUGGUUGAAGGCACAUUUUCUCAAGUAUAGCCAAUCAAUCAUACAACUGUUUUAGGGAGGGUUUCCAAUUAAGUUGCAAGGUGCAACUGAAUUAGGCAAUUUCUUCUGCUCUCUGUCUUUUAUUAAUGGAGUUACUUAGUUUUCUGUACCUC